AUGUAAUCUGUUGGGUCUGAAGGAUUGAAAGCAGGUGUCACAAAAUCAAAUAUUCGUAGCAAUAUUACAACGUAGAAAAGGUUUUGGUUUUCUGUAUAAAUAGGCAAGUUAAUUUAGGAGGCGGUAAAACUUAAUUAGGACCACCAAAAACUAACAUUGAUACACAAUAAUCAGCAUCAGACAAUAUUGUUGUAAAGUAUAAAGAUGCAAUUGUAACUCCAAAAGAGUAAGAUUCUUCAAUUAAUCAGGCUUGUUACAAAAAAAUAUUUAUAACUUGCAGAGCAAUAGAAUCGAGAAGAGGAGUAGCGUUUGAAGGUAUUACAAAAAUAGAAUGAAACUAAAGUUAGUUAAAGUGUUGCUGAGAGUAAUGUGAAGUCCUAUUAUUAAAGUGCAGUAUAAUUUAAUUUUAUAACUAGGAUAAAUCAUCUAACUCAGAUGUAAAGAUUUCAUCAUCUAAUAAUCCAGAACGUAGUAGUUUUAUGGAUUCUAAAUAAUCUGAAGGAACAUAAUCUGAUUCAGAUUCUAAAAGAGAUUAAUCAGAACUCUAAGAAAAAAAAACUAAACAAAAAAAAGGUUUGAAAGAUGAAGAUUUAGAUGAAAAUAUUCCCAUAAAUUUAUCUGAAACUUGUACAAUGUAGUUAUUAUUUAUACCAUCAUCAUAUAUUAAUAGUGAAUAAGGUAAAAAAAAUGGUGUUGUUUAAAAAACCUAAAAUUAUGAGAAAUAUAUGAUUGAAAAGAUUGGUAGUGAUAAUUAUACUAAAAGACAUGCAUAAACUUUAAAUUAUAUUUAAAAACAUAAAAUACAAUAAUCAAAUAAAAUAGAGAAAAAUGAAUAAGCUGCAUUUGCUGCAAUUUGGGAUCUUUAUGAUGCAUAAAUUACUGAUUAAAUGAAUGAAUUUGAAGUAUUAUAAGAAGAUAUUAAAAAUUGUAUUGAUAAAGAAUAUAAAUAACAUCUUAAGAACCCAUAUUUUUUAUUACCCACUGAAUUGGAAGCAAUUAAAAUUCAUACUGAAAGACCUAUAUUAGGUAGAGAUUACUCUGAAAAGUAAACAAAUAAAACUAAAACUGGCAUAGCUUCUACUAAAUAGAGUUAACCACUUAAUAAUUUAUCUGGAGGAUAUACAAAUUAAUAAUUAGAUGAAAAAAUGUAAGAUUCCAGUUCAAGUCAUACUGGUACAAAAAAUUUACUAUCUUAAUAAGUGAAUAUUUAAUAAUAAGUUACAAGAAGUCAUGGUAAAACUAGUAAUCCUUUACCAGAAUAGUAACAGAAGUAAUAUGAAAUGAAACAAGACGAAUAAGAUUUAAAGGAAGAAGAAUUUAUGAAAGAAUUAAUUAAAAAGAAUAAUACUUAAAUGGCUGAAGCUGAAUAAGUUAUAUUUCAAAGUAAUUAGAUUUAAACAAAUUUAAAAUAUGUUGAAAGAAUUCUAAAUUAGAAUCUAUUUCAUAAACAAUAUAUUUAAUAUAGAAAUUAUCCAGAAGUUAAAUUUGAAAAGAUGACUUUGGAUGAAGAUUUAAAAUAGAGAGGUGGAGUUUUUAAAAGAGCAUUUUAAAAUAAAUAAGAAGAGGAAGAAGUUGUAGUAAAGAAAUAACAAGAACCUAUAGUCUAACUUUUCUAAUAUAAAUGUGCUUUAAGUGAUUAAUGUAAAGUUACUUAAGCAGAUUGGAAUCCUGUUAAUAAAGAUUUAUUAGCUGUUUCUUAUUAAAACUAUUAAACUUCUGAAGGACAUAUAAUGUUUUGGACUUUAAAGAAUCCUACAUAUCCUGAAAGGAUUAUUACUUAUCCUUCAAAAAUAAAUUGUUGUAAAUUCUCAAAUAGUUAACCUAAUCUUAUUGCUGCAGGUACAAUGGAUGGUAUUGUUGCAGUUUGGGAUAUAAGAAGAAAAUCAGAUAAGCCUAUUACAGAAAAUAAGGAAUUAGCAGGAAAACAUAGUGAUUCUGUUUGGGAAGUUUAGUGGAUUGGUAAAGGUGCUAAAGGAACUGAAAAAGGAGAAUCUUUAGUUAGUAUAAGUAGUGAUAGUAGAAUUGCAGAAUGGUCAAUGAAAAAAGGAUUAGAAUAUACAAAUUUAAUGAAUUUAAAAAGAGUUGUUUAAUCAUCUUAAAAAGAAAAUUUAUCAGAAGGAGUCAAUUUUAGAUUAUCAGCAGGAUUUUCAUUUGACUUUUUAUAAGGGUAUAAUUAUUAAAUUUUAUUAUUAUUUAGAGAAUCUUCUAUGUAUUUAGCAGCAACAGAAGAUGGUAGUAUACAUAGAUGUUCAAAAUCAUAUACAGAGCAAUAUUUAGAUAAUUAUUUUGGUCAUUCUGGUCCUGUAUACAAAGUGAGAUGUAAUCCAUUUUUUAGUGAUUUCUUUUUAACAUGUAGUGCAGAUUGGUCAUGUAAACUUUGGAAUUGGAGAGAAGAAUUGCCAAAAGCAAAUUUUUAAGUAUAUAAUUCUGUUUAUUAAGUAAUAAAAUUUACAAGAUGAAGUUUUAGAUUUUGAAUGGUCCCCUUAUACUUCUACUUUAUUUGCUUCAGUAUGUAAAGAUGGAAGAUUAGAAUUAUGGGAUUUGACAAAAAAUAAUAUGUUAGAUCCUUUUGCAACACUAAUGCCAUAAGAAUAAUAGGUUUGGCCAGCUAAAACAAUGAUUAGAUUUGCUUAAAAUAGUCCAAUCCUAGUUACAGGUGAUGCUCAUGGAGAAAUUAACACUUAUAGAUUAUAUGGUAUUAUUUACAAAUUAUAUCUUUAAUAUAGGUUAUGAAGAUAAUGAUCCAUUUAUGUAAUAAGAACGAUUAGAAAAGUUAUUCUAUCCUACUGGAUAUAUUAAAGGAUAAAAAGAACAAAGAGAUUCGUGA